UUGACCAUAAACAGUGUAAUAUUCUGUAAUCCACCAGGUACCUUGAGUGUCUUCUUUCCUCAACGAAUACUCAGCGGUAAGACAAACAUCGAUGAAUUCAUUGACAAAUUACUCCAAUCCGACAAAUUCGAUGAACUCGCCAACAAAAUCGCUGAGAAAGCAGUUGACAAAAUCAAAAAUUUGCAAUACUUCAACUUAAGUAACAAGAAAAAAGCGAAGGACAGUUUAAUAUCUCGUAUUUUUGAAGAGAAAAACGAUUCAAUUGAAGACGAUAUUGUAACAUCAAAACCUAAAGGUAACAUGAUAGCGUUAGUUACUCAUGAACCAUCACCUUUUGGUAAUUUAAGUUUAAAAUAUAAACAUUUUUUCAAAAAGAAAUCUUACGGAAGUGAAACUGAACAAAAAUAUUCUAAAGAAAUCAAAAACAAAGAAAAAACUGUAACGAAUAAGUCAAACAACAAGAAAGGAAUGAAAAAGAAGAAACUAAGGACAGUUGAAAAUAAAGAUAAUAAGGACGAAAAUAUGUCUUCCUCAAGUGAAUCACAAAGUUUGAAAAGGAAGAGUGUCGGUAAGAAUGCAACUAAAACUAAACCAGAAAGAGAUAAAAAAAUCAAUUCAGAUUCAACAGAAGGAGAUGAAGAUAAUAACAAUGGGAGCUCACGUGCAGUACCUAGUAAAAGCUCACAUGAGGUUCAUUACAAAAGUGUUAGAGGAAAUAACAGUACUUCAAUGCCUAUCAAUGCUUCCAAUGAUAAAAAUAUAACUGAAUCUUCAGAGGACACAAGAAAAACGGAUAUAUCAAGAAAUGAAACGGACGACAGAGCUUCGGUAAAAAAGACCGACGUAGCUUUAAAUGAAAAUAACACACAAUCAAAACGGACUCUUCGCACGGGAAAUAGUAGAAUAUACGUUCUAGAAUCUUCUUCAGAAUAUGACGGAUACCGAGAGGAUAUAUACGAUACUCUGCUCUUAUAA